AAUUCUGAAGUUUAGUGGGGUCCAUGUCCCCAAACCCUUGGGUCCAUUUUUUCAGAUACUCAAACAAGAUCUCUUUCUCUCCCUCUUUGCUGUUCUUUCUUUCUUUCUUCUCUUUUGACUUAGACUUUCUCUCACACGCAACAGCAUUUAAUAACACCACAACACACCUUCUCUAACCUACGCAUUCCCACCACCAACAUGUGCGUACUACGCCACCUUCUCCGCCGCAAACACCACCAUAACCAUCACUGCCUAUUAUUACCAACUUUCCUUCUUCUCUUGUUCUCAUCUUCUUCAGCAAUAACCACUCUCGCACCACAACCCAGUACCGGAACAGUGAAGUACGAGGAAACUAAAAAUCUGUCUCCGGAGGUGACUCAACAGGAGAAGCUCAACGGUCCAGGUUCAGCACCUCCUUCAUGUAGAUCCAAGUGCGGUUGGUGCAACCCGUGUCACCCGGUUCACGUUCCGGUUCAACCCGGUUUAAUCAUACGGCUCGAGUAUUAUCCAGAAGCUUGGCGUUGCAAGUGUGGGAACAAGCUUUUUUUGCCGUGAAUGAUAACAACAACAUAUGAAUAUAUAUAUAUAUAUAUAUAUAUAUAUAUAUAUUUAUAUAUAUAUAUUUAUAUAUAAAUAAAUAAUGUUAUUAUCCUAGUACAAAAAGAAAAACACAAACGUUGCCAGAACCGAACAGGGGAAAUGUUGCAGAGCAGCUAUCUUAAAUUUUUUCCCUUUUGGGUUUUUGUUUUAUCUCAGUGUUAUUGAAGUUUAUAGUAUGAUGCAUUGAUUAAUAAUGUUACUGAGGUUGAGUUUUUGGUUGUGCUUGCUUCUUGUGAGUACUACAACAACUAAUAUUGAUUUUUGGGUUAACCUUUUCAUUGGGAAUGUAACAUAUUUUGUGUUGGGUGUGAUUAUCGAGAACACACAUACACAACACACAACCUAGCUAUCUAUAUUGUGUACAUAGAUCUUUUCUGUUUC